GGAACUUGCACGAUCCCCCUCCAUUUAACAAACUUACGGGCAAUUUCAAUCAUAUCAUUUUUGCAUAGUAAACUUCUGUAAAACCACACCUGUGGCAUCACGAUCAUGGCAUCCAACAAUACUCGGGUUCUUGCCAUUUCUCUGCACCUCCAACCAUGGUUUGACGAGAUGUAUGCUCCGCUUCUCACGGCCCUGCGGUCAAAAGCGGAAUUUCAGCGUGCUGAAACCACAACGUCAGCCAUUCAGUUCUUAGCACAACAUCCAGAACUUUCAGUCAUACUCAUCACGGAUGAAGCCCUGACCCUCCCCAAGAACAAGGCUGUCUGGGAAGCAGUUCUAGAGUAUGUCCGUCGCGGGGGCACGGCCGUUAUCAUGGGCCACUUUCCCUCAUUUGUUCGACCGAACAGUCUGAAACCAUUUUUCUCCCAAGCAGGUCUGAACUGGGAAACUGGAUCCUACCACAGGACAACCCUGGCAAUAAACCAAACCGCGGUUGGCGUCGCUAAUGCCCAGAAGCUGCCACAGAGAUACAGUCAGAAGGCUGUGUUCGUGAAGAACGUCGUACCAGGCGAUAUGUGGUACAAAACGGACGAUGACUCGGUGGUUGAGUCUCUGGUCUUCUCGCCAACGAGUGUGAAUACGGCUGGAGAGACUGCCGUGGCGUUGGCUAACGUUGGUAGGGGAAAGCUAGGGUAUGUCGGUGACGUGAAUGCGGAGGAAGGUUCUAAUGCUGUUAUUCUUGCGAUGUGUGGAUUGUUGUAGCAAGGCGGGCGGUAUAAGUCCGACGGAUAGGUCAAGCCACGAUUCAGGAACCACUGUGAAAGGAUGGAUGAACUUCUGAGCGAUCAUGUUGAGCUACUCCUGCAUGCUGUCUUACGCUGCUUUAACCUUUGGCGUACUAGAUAUUACAGUAUGGGAUAUAGCUUUCUCUUAUUUGUUUCACUGACUCUGUACCCACAACAAAGAUACGACCGCACGGGCUUUAUGAAAGGUUGAAGCCUCGUCCCUCAAUAGUCCUAUACCGAAUAGAACUAGAUACUUGUUUGAUGUCACCUCUAUCG